AUGCUUGCAACCGCCGAUGAUCUCUCGCUAUCUGUCUUCACAGAUGAACAGCGUCGUAGCAACAGCUAUUCACACAGGUCCCAGGGCGAUUUGCCGAAGCAGGACUCUGGUCACAAGGUCAGAGCUUCAAAACCCGUAUCCCUUUCGGAUUCAGCAGAUGAGAUUCAGGUCAUCGAGGAGCACCAGACCGCCAUACCCAUACAGCCGAUGCUGGAACGCAAAUACUCUACUCGUCAUUUGGACCUUGACAUCGGCAGCGUGCAUGCACGCAAAAACGGAUCAUCAACUCUGUUGGAGAGGCGCAAGCGAGAUGAUUUUGAUUUGCUUGGUGACCACUCGGAGAGCAGUGAUGAUGAUGAUUCUGGCAACAGCAGAGCUGCUAGGAAUCAGAAAGCUCGAGGUCGAGAACGACACACAAAGCCUCUCUUGCACCCGAAGCAGGCCGCCCCUCUGGACCGCUAUCAGCGCUACAGCGACAAUGCCGCGAAGAAGGACGCCUACGAACCGCUACGUGGUCGUCACAUGGCCCGAGGGCGUAGCACGCAAGGUCGUCAUCCCAUGACAGAUUGCUACAAUCGAGAUCUCGCAAAUCAUCACACGACCAGCAAGUUGGGUCGCACGUCCGAACAUCGCCCUUUUCGGGUUUCGCCGUCUGCCCUCCCUGAAUUUGAACACGAGGCUAUGGUCUUUGACAAUUUCGAAGAUGUCAGCCCAGUUUCGUCAACUUCAGAGAAGGACCACAAUGGCAAGGACAUGUUUGACGCCCACCUCCACUUUGUGCGUCCCGCCAUGCCAAUCUGUGCGAACCCGGGUGCAUUUGUGGCGCUGGAGUCCGUUGUUUCUCCUUCUACUGGUUGUUCAAAUGAAAGUCAGAGGGACUGCGUGGACACCAAUGGGUUUGAGGACUAUCGUGAGCGGAACCGCCUCAGUCACCACCGUGCGGUGAGCGACGUGUAUUCACCCGCAACAGCGAGAACCCUCGAAGCGAGAGCCACACGCCGUCGUGCCACGGUGGGAUCGGAAGCAGCGUCUCGUUUGCCCGCCUUUCACCGCCGUCCGUCGGAUCCUUCUACGUGA